AUGGACAACACUGAAUCCUUCGGGGCGCGCGUGGGGCAUUGCGCCCUCUGGGAGAAAGUCAAAGAAGGCCAUGUCCAUUUGAUCACCAAUGAGGACAUCCAGGAGCUCUUUCACGCGUUCGACGUCUAUGAUCCCAGCGAAAAGAUCUCCACCUCCGACCUGGUGCGCCUGUGCAGCGUGGAGGGCACGUAUCUCACCGCGGAGGACAUCGGCGAGUGGAUCAAAGACUCGGACGUGGACGGCACCGGGGAGGUGGGCAUCAUGGACGUGCAUCGAGGCAUCACCGAGGGCACCGCCGCCUUCUCGUUGGUCAAGAGAGCUUUAUUUGGGCAAGAGAAGGAACACAAGCUGUCAGAGUGCAGCAUCCAUGAGCUGCUGGGGUGGAUGCAUUACGAGUAUGACAAGAAGAGCAAGUUGUGGUCUUUGCCCGAGACGCUCUUCCUAUUUACUGCCUUCAUCAUUGGAGCAGUACUGCAUUUGAAUGUCUGGGAGGCUUUCAAGAGCUCCCGGGCCUACCAAUAUGCCUUGACCUACGGUGACUUCGCCCUGGAGUGGGUCGUCGAUCGAGACACCUUCUGGAAAUGGGUCUACGAGGGUUGGCUUCGCAACAUCCUGCGGCAUCACAUGGUGUCCUUCAUCCGCGAAGUGGAUCCGGACCAGGACGUGCUCAAGACGAAUCCCUUUCCGGGACGGGUCCUGAAAACGCACCAGAUUAUCGGAGCGGUGCGCUUUCGCCGCUGGUAUGCCGUUGGCACGGCUUGCCUGUCUGGAAACAUGUGGAAGGACCUCUAUUCACAGUGCCCUAUGCAUGGUGAGCUUAUGCCUGAUGACUGGUACAUCUUCUACCAUGAGAGCUACGAGGUCAUCCAGGAGCAAAUCCAGGAACGUGCUGAGAACUUCUGGCUGGAUGAUCACACCCGAUUUCUCGACGUUCAAACCUUCUCCUACAAUGCUCAUCAAGCCAUGUUUACCUUGGACAAUUUGAGACUGGAGUUUCGCGAAGCGGGAUACAUGAUCCACCGCGAUGGCAAAAGAGAGACCUUCGCGGAUUCGCCCUACUACAACCUUUGGCUGGCCAUCCCAGAUCUGAUCUUCGCCGUCUUGCUUUGGAAUGUCUUCUAUGGCGAAAUGAAAGAGCUGGUGCCUGCAGCCAUGAAUGGUCUUGAUGGCAUCAAGGACUACUUGAAACUAUGGAAUGUGAUUGACUGGAUCGCCAUCGGCUUUGGGUUCACCACCUUGUCCUUUUGGAUGGUUUUCGUGUUGAAGGUGAGUGGCGAGUUGCCAGAAGUCCUCAAACCUCUGCCCUCCAAUGCCCUGGAUCGAGCGGUCUUUACCAAUCGCUCCUACCUCACUUCAGAGGGAUCGCCUCUCUCUUCGCUCGCUCAGGACUUCGAGCGCCAGGUGGCGGAGAUCUUCCGUUGCGCCGAGGAGGUGGCGGAGAGUCACGUGGUGGCGCGACGGCUGAUCUUCGUCUAUUUGUUCAUCUUGAUGCUGAAGUUCUUCAAAGCCUUUGGAUCCAACGAUCGUUUGGACAUUGUCAUCAAGACCAUCACCGGUUCAGCCGUGGACGUGGCCCACUUUGCCUUGGCCUUUGCAUUGGUCUUCGUAUGCUUUGCUGGCUCUGGCAUGCUGCUGAUCGGCACGACCUUCGAGGGUUACCAUACCAUUCCAUCGGCGUUGUACUUUCGCUGGGCCGAGAAUGUUGAAAUGGACGAUAUCGAGGGCUUCGAACCAUGGUUUCAGGUUUUGGCAUACUUUUGGUUCUUCUCCUACUUGAGCUUGAUGAGUAUCUUGAUGAUCAAUAUCCUGGUGGGCUUGAUCUUUGAGGCUUAUGGUCGAAUUCGCUCGGCAGCUGGAGAGCCGGAGACCUUGCUGGAGCAAGUGGGAGAAGCUGUGGAGAAUUUAAAGGAGCCGAGACGUGGUCUACCGCGACACGCAGAGUGGAUGACGAAGCAAAACGCCGAGUACCUCAUCGAGAGCGCCUCGCGCUGGGCCAAGAAGCAGGAGCACAAUGUGGAACUCUCCGUGACGGAUGGCGUGCGGAUGAUUGGACAGACCAGGACCAACGUGAACAAGUUGCUGGUCUUGUCCGAACAGGCGAUCGACGUGGUGAACGCCAUGCUGCGGAAGUUUCACUCGAAGCGCACGGAAAGUGAAGGGGGGGAUUGGCUCAGCAUGUAUGGAGCUGCCCAACACGAGAUACAGCAGGAGGCUGCGACGAAGACGGAGGAAUCGGAUCCCCUCGCGGCGAGUCCGGCGAGGCGGCGAGAGUCGUCGGUCGUGAGUUGA